UCUGCUCAGGUAUUCUCUUUAGUAUAAGAAUCUGAACGUCUUAUUCAAGGAAAAAUACAAAUACCUUCAAACAAAACUGGUGCACCAGUUACUUGUCGUGCCGUUCCAGGUGAUCACAACAACAAACAGAGACCAGACUGCACUGACACUUCACAAGACAUAAGACACAAGAUCUCUCUGUUUCAAGCAUCAUCAUGUCAUCGACUAGUAACAGCUCAUCCAAAUACCAGGACAUCAUCUCCAAAAGUGUUCUGAUCAGUUCAGGAUCUCCUCACGUCUACCAGCUGAGACCAAAGAAAGAGACGUUUGGAACUAUGACAAGAAUGACUAUUGGUAAAAAAAAUGUGGGAAAGCUAAAUACAAUCAUCUUCUUUGUGGGUGAAACAGGAUCAGGAAAAUCUACUCUGAUCAAUGCUCUGACCAACUAUGCCAUGGGAGUGAAGUGGGAGGAUAACCUCAGGUUUGAUCUCAUUAACGACGAGAAGAUGGAUACAUCAGAAUGUCAAACAUCAGAUGUGAGAGUGUACGAGAUCUUUGGUUUUGAAGAUGAAACUCUUCCCUUCUCUCUGACCCUCGUUGAUACCCCUGGAUUUGGAGACACCAGCGGGGUCGAAAAAGAUGCUUUCAUCUUUCAAAGAUUAUGUGACCUGCUUCAAUCAGAGGAUGGAGUUCUUGAAGCUCAUGCAGUGGCUCUGGUGCUGAAGGCAUCAGAUAAUCGACUGAGUGACCGACUUAUGUACAUCCUUGAUUCAUUGAUGUCUUUGUUUGGAAAAGACAUGGAGGACAACAUCGUAGCUCUCAUCACACACUCAAGUGGGAGAACACCUAAAAAUGUUCUUAAAUUUCUUGAAACUGCUCAAAUUAAAUGUGCCAAAAAUGAGAAGAAUCAGCCUCCUAACUUCCUGUUUGAUAACUGCCUGACAGAAGAUCGAACAGAGGAGGAAGAUAACUUGAAAUCGGCUCAUGAAACUUCAAUGAGAGGAAUGAGAAAGUUUGCAGACUUUCUGGGAAAAAUACAACCUCGAAGACUGGGGACAACUUGUGAGGUUCUCAAGCAGCGCAUCGGACUGACUGCCUGCAUCCAAAACUUGAAAGAAAGAAUCAAGCUGUCUGAACUGAAACAGACAGAAAUCAGUGGUUGGUGGUUUUUAAUGAUGGAGCUACCAUCUGUACUGUCUGUGAAGAGAAUUGUCACUAUCCUGGAUGCACAAAGGCCAAGAGUGCUGAAAAGUGUGAUGUCAUGAAAGGAGGCUACUGUACUAUAUGUACCAACAAAUGUCCAGCAUCAGAUCAUGUGAAAGAAAACUGGAUCUAUGUGACCAAGAUAAGGAAAGUUCAGAAGACCAACAAAGAGCUUAAAACAAAGUAUGAGGAGAAUGAAACGGAGGCUGAGAACAAGUUGGGCCUUAUGAAACAUCUUGAGAAGGAAACUAAUGACCUGAGAGCAGGGCGGUCACAGUUGCUGGAAGAGGCCUACGACCAUGUUGUCAAACUGGAUCAGAUCGCCCUGAAUGAUCAUUCACUGUCCACUCAUGUCCACUUGGACUUCCUGAUUGAGAAGAUGAGGCAGAGAGGAGAUGCAGAGAAGGUCCAGAAACUGGAGAAGAUGAAAAGUCCCGAGGAUAAGAGAUAUCUGGCAGCAAUGCGGUACAUUGCUGGUAGAGCAGCAACAAAAGCUUUUCAGUAGUGAUGUAAGUGAAGAUUGUCAUUGUGACCAGACAGACAAGAUUACUUUAUUAUAAUUAUUAGUAUAAAUGUGAUCACUUUUCAAAUAUCAAAUAUGUAAUUCUCAGAUGUGAUGUUUUAUAAAUGUUGCUUUAUGUCUUUUCACUAUACAGUCAAAUGUUUCAAGAUUAACAUCACUGGUGAAUCACUGUCCACUCUUUCUGAUCCAUUCAUGUUUAUUUUGGUCGUGAAAGGAGCAGUGGGUUUUUUCUCUCUUUAGUUACUCUCAGAACUCUUCCUCACUUGUGUCGACGAUUUCUGCAUGUGUAUGUAAUGCGUCCUCACCAAGUCUUAAUGGCGGACGCAACAGACUUUCAAUAUACUUUUAAUCGUCAACCAUGCUUAAUGUACAUCCCCACAUAUCCAUAUGAACUGAUUAAUCUUUGCUGGCGUGUGUGAAAGCAUAAGGUUGCACAACUAUCACUGACACCACGCCAAACAUUUCACUACACACACCUAUAGUAGUAUGGGCCAAUUGGGGUAGUUCAGCUAACCAUUAAAAGGGUUGGUGAAGUAGUAGUGGCUUCUGUGGUGAGAACAUCUUUACAUAAGAGUUUGUUGGUGAUAUAGUUGAUGCUCGGCUGUAGUGAUUUCAGAAGCAUGAGGCUGAUGUCUGUGCACUGCCUCAGUAUAGUGACAUAGUAUACAACUUUGUACUAUCGAUUGUACAUAUACCAUUUGUAAAUAUCUUUUGUUUUAAUUUAUAUCAGUAUUUUUGUUUAUAUAUUUUUCACUGUGGAUUAUGCACUUGGUGGAGGUAAAAUAAAUGUACCAACUACAGAGCCUGGGGGGUAUUCGUCGUAGCUCGCUAAGCGGUUUAGCGAGCUAAUUUUCAGGCUAAGAU